AAACCCCCAAAAAUUAACACGUCAAAAUAGCCUGAUCAUUGCUGGAUCAGUUGCACCUGUUCAGCUUAUGUAGAGGUAGUUGCAUUGCACUUAACCAGAGCACAUCAACAACCUUUUUGGCUAUCUUUAGAAGGUGAUUAGGGAGAGCAAUUAAGCCAUAACCCAUAAUUACACUACACUCCUCCCUAAUCUUUUAUUGGCUAAUCUAAUCCAGCCCAAUCCCUAGCUCAAUACCAGCACAAGAAUUAAAGCAAAAGGAAGGACAAAUUUUGCCAACAACAAAAAAAAAGUAAAAAAAAAACAUAUAUAUUUUUCUGCCAAUUAAAGGAAGCAGAAGCAGCUAAGCUUAGCUAUCUUUAGGAGGAGCUCGAGCUUACAUUUCCAUUGCUUUGGAAGAAGAAGAGGAGGAGGUGGUGGUGGUGGUGGAGGAGGAGGAAACAGAGGAGGCAAUCCCCUGUUUCUUGCUCCUCCCCUGUGUUCCCGGCGGCGGCGAUGGGGUGCGCGGCGUCCAAGGGCGCGGCGGUGGCGUCGCCGGCGUACGAGGCGACCACGACGUCGUCGUCGUCGGCGUCGGCGGCGUACAGCGUGUCGAGGAGCGCGUCGACGGGCGCGGCGGCGGCGGAGGUGGCGUCGAUUUGGAGCCGGCCGGUGCGGCUCGACGCGUACGAGGAUGAUGGCGACGGGAAGAAGAAGGCGGCGGCGCGUGGGGGUGGUGAGUGUUCGUCCGUCGUCGUCGUCGGCGGUGGCGUGCGGCUCGGGAACAUCCACAGGUACGUCGAGGCGGAGCAGGUCGCCGCCGGGUGGCCGUCGUGGCUCAGCGCCGCUGCCGCCGAGGCCGUCCACGGCUGGGUCCCCCUCAAGGCCGCCAACUACGAGAAGCUCGACAAGAUUGGGCAGGGGACGUACAGCAGCGUGUUCAGGGCGCGGAACGUGGAGACGGGGAGGAUGGUGGCGCUGAAGAAGGUGCGGUUCGACAGCGGCGAGCCGGAGAGCGUGCGGUUCAUGGCGCGCGAGAUCCUCAUCCUUCGCCGCCUCCACCGCCACCCCAACGUCGUCUCCCUCGACGGCCUCAUCACCUCCCGCUCCUCCCCCAACCUCUACCUCGUCUUCGACUACUCCGACCACGACCUCGCCGGCCUCUCCUCCGACCCCUCCCUCUCCUUCUCCCUUCCCGAGAUCAAGUGCUACAUGCGGCAGCUGCUGCUGGGGCUCGAGCACUGCCAUGCGAGGGGGGUGAUGCACCGCGACAUCAAGUGCGCGAACCUGCUGGUGAGCGGCGGCGGCGAGCUCAAGGUCGCCGACUUCGGGCUCGCCAACGUGUUCGACGCGUCGUCGGCGGCGGCGAUGACGAGCAGGGUGGUGACGCUGUGGUACCGGCCACCGGAGCUGCUGCUGGGCGCCACGGCGUACGACGCCAGCGUCGACCUGUGGAGCGCCGGGUGCGUGUUCGCCGAGAUGCACGCGCGGCGGCCGAUCCUGCAGGGGAGGACGGAGGUGGAGCAGAUCCACAGGAUCUUCAAGCUCUGCGGCUCGCCGGGGGACGCGUACUGGCGCCGCGCGGCGGCGGGCGGCGGCGGCGGCGCCGGGUUCCGGCCGCAGCAGCCGUACGAGAGCCGGCUCAGGGAGACGUUCGGGGGCAUGAUGGGCGACGACGCGUUCGCGCUCCUCUCCAAGCUCCUCUCCGUCGAGCCCUCCGCCCGUGGCACCGCCACCGAAGCCCUCGCCUCCGAGUAUUUCAGGACGGAGCCGUACGCCUGCGAGCCAUCGAGCUUGCCCAAGUACGCGCCCAACAAGGAGAUGGACGCCAAGCUUCGAGAAGAUUCUAGAAGGAGGGUCAAUGUCGGCGGCAGGAACCACGGCGGCGUCGGCGGCGGCGAGGCGACGAAGCGGCUGUCACGGGGGCACAAGAGCAUGCAGGACACCACCGCCGCCGCCACCGCGGCCGCCGUCGUCGCCAGCCAGAGGCACGGCCACGGCCACGUCCACGCCGAGGAGUCGCUCCCCCGCGCCAACGGCGGCGAGGCGAGGCUGUUCGUCGACAUGCAACCCGUGCCGGUGAUCGCCAGCAAGCGCCACGACGACCCGACGCCGCCGCCGCCUCCGCCGCCGAUGUCCCGGAGCUACCAGGACGACGCCGGCGACCGCCUCCCGCUCUCCGGGCCGGUGCAGCUCACCGCCUCCACCGGCUUCGCCUGGGCCAAGAUGCCACGACCAGACUCCACCACGACGGCGGCGGCGGCGGCGAAGCGGAGCUCCUCCAAGGUGCCAAGAACCAACAGCAAUGGCGGCGCCUACGAGGCGGAGAAGCAGGAGGCGAUGAAGCAGUGGGCGCAGGUCGCCGACGCGUUCACCUCGUCGGAAUCCUACAACAACCGGUUCAAGGAGCCCACGGCCACCGCCGGCGCCGGCGCCGCCGCCGCCACCAAGGAGGUCAAGAGCAGCAAGAAGCACAAGGUCGGCGGCGGGAGGUUGCACAGGGUGGGAUUCUCCGGGCCGUUGCUGUCGCAGCCGCGGCGCAUCGAGGAGCUCCUCCAGAACCACGAGCAGCAGAUCCGGCGAGCUGGCCGCCACUCGUGGUUCCGCAAAGGCAGCAAGAAGGAGCAGCAAUGAGGAAGACAGACAUGGCAUGAUCACACACCACACACAAACACAAAGAGCACAAGAGGAGCAUCAUCAAGUGUACUUGUUGUCAUCACAAGGAAGAAGAUGAACAAGCAGCCAAGCUUUUGUUAGGACAUGGCUUGCAGCAGCAUGAUGCCAUCAGAUCAGGGGAGACAAACUGGUGGUGCAGUGUUGCUGUCAGCAUCUCUGAAUUUUUUCUGAAUUAUCUGGAGUAACACUUGAUGUGCUAAAAAAAACUUCAACAAGAUAAAAAGAUUAAUGGAUGGACAACUCCAGGAUGAAAAUGAUGCUGUCCAAAGCACUUCUGUAUAGCAAAAGAUUGUAUAGAGUUUGCAAACUCAUAAUGCUGCUGUCUGUCAGUUUACCUGCAACACUGCCUUAGCUUCUUCCAUCAUUAGUUAUGGGCUGGAAACAGCAAUUGCUGCAUUUUCUGCUCUGGCACCUGUUUCUGAUUAUACUGUUGCUGUUGCUGUUGUUGUUGAUAUGGGAGAUAAUCUGGUUUAGGCUCCUGGUUUUGUCU